CAACUGCCGUGUUCUUUUAGACCAAAUCACUUGGUGGAACGAGUAGGACACGGCCUAUUUAUCUACCAUGGCGGACACCACAUACCAGUCUCAAAAAGUGUGCGUCCACGGUUCUAGGCGUUCACCACCAUGUAUAACAUGAUCCCCGCCCUGCUAGUUCUCGCCGGAGUCAUCACCGGGGUGCGUGCGGCAGCACCUCCUCCGGUGCCGGUGCCGGUGCCGCCGAAGGUUCCCACAGCUCCCCCGGCUACUGCCGGGCCGCUUAAAUACCCCGCGAUCCUUGCUUUUGGUGACUCGAUUAUAGACACAGGUAACAACAACUAUAUCAGGACAAUCGUCAGGGCCAACUUCCCGCCCUACGGCAGGGACUUCCCCGGGCACAAGGCCACCGGCCGGUUCACGGACGGUAGGAUCAGUGUUGACUUCCUAGCGGCGGCACUUGGUGUGAAGGAGAAUGUCCCGCCGUACCUGAAGAAGGACCUCACCCUCGACGACCUCAAGACCGGUGUCAGCUUCGCAUCGGCCGGGAGCGGCUACGACAACGCCACCUGCAAGACCAUGUCGGCGCUGUCGAUGGAGCAGCAGCUGAAGAUGUUCCUGGAGUACAAGGCCAAGGUGGGGACUAUCCCGGACAAGGCCCUCUACCUCCUCGUGUGGGGCAGCAACGACAUCGUGGAGCACUUCACCUUCGGGGACCCCAUGUCGGUAGAGCAGUACAGCGACCUCAUGGUCCAGCGCGCCAUCUCCUACAUCCAGACCCUCGUCAGCCUCGGCGCCAAGAGGAUCGCCCUGACGGGAGUGCCGCCGGUGGGCUGCUUGCCGUCGCAGCGCAUUCUCUCUGGCGGGAUCCGGCGGCAGUGCGCCACGGAUCGUAACCAGCUAGCCAGCAUGUUCAACAACAAGGUCAGGGAAAAGAUGGCCAUGCUCGGCGCCAAGCUCCCCGGCGUCACGCUCACAUUCAUCGACCUCUACGCCAUCUUUGAGGACGUGAUCCACCGGCACGAGGCGCUCGGGUUCAAGAACGCCAAGGACUCGUGCUGCGGUUUCCUUGGGCUGGCGGUAGCCGUGCUCUGCAACUUCGCCAGCCCGGUCUGCGCCGAACCCGCCAAAUACGUCUUCUGGGACAUCUACCACCCCAGCUCUAGUGCCUACAAAGUCAUCAUCGACAUGGUCGUCGAAAAAUACUUCAGAUACAUGAACUAGCUAGCUAUGAGUGGUAGAGGACAAAGGGGGAAAGGAGGAAAAAUAAAGGAAGAACGCAAUAACUCUGGAACUGACUAGCAAUCAGUCCACAGAUUUUGUUUUUAGUUUAGGUCGGAAUUUUUGUCUAAUAAGGGGUUGACACGUGGCGCUGAUCUUUGAGUCGCUGUAUGCAACAAAUUCGACGGAUU